AUGGCCAAGCUGGGAACAACAUUAACACCAUCUGAAGAAGACAUAAAGGCCACUGAGAAGUUUGUUUGCGAACUCUAUGUUCCAAAUACAUCGCUUACCACCGUGAAAGAACUUCGAUGGUUGUUAUUUCGUAAGAAGCAAGCACAGUCAGAAAGACUGCCACCAACCCGAGGUGCUCUUCUUCAAGCUGUUCUACGAGCCCACUAUCAAGCUAUUGUUUGGGACAACGAUGUUGUGGCAAACCCUGACAUUCCGUCUCCUGAAAACUAUGGGUGGGAGAAAAGUGACAACAGAUGGUUUCCAGUAAUGACAAGGCUGCUUCCAGCACCAGAGGCCAUAAUUCAGCUAGUCAAAUGCGGAUGCACCAAGCAGUGCGCAAGCAACCGAUGCCAGUGCCGCAGAAAUGGAUUGCCAUGCACAGACCUUUGCUCUUGCUGUGAUGAAGAGGAUGAACCCUGCCAGAAUGUUUUCAAUGAUGUGGUAGAUGACGAUGAAGAAUGUGAUGACGAAUAG